GUGCAGCACAAAGGAGUCAAGCAUCAUUUCCUGUUAUCAUUGUUACAAGAAAACACACCCAUCACCGGAUCACCUGUGCCUCAGGUAUCAAGAGAGAGAGAGAAACACCGGCACUUUACAGCACCUGAAGGACGCGAUUUGCGAUUUCCACCACAAAGCCUUUUCAUUCCCAUGAGACUCGUCACAUCAUGACAUCACAAAACCUAUUCCUAUUGGUUUACUUAUUUUGGAGCUGCUUUGCGGCCUCAGGUGCACAAAGAAAUGCAACCUGCACAACAAGAGGAACAUGUGGCCCGAUGCCAGACCCGACCUCUCACUUCCUGCAGUGUGUGGGAUUGCCCCCGAAAGAAACAGGGAGAGACCACUUGCAGAGGCUGAAGGAAUGCUUGAAGCGACGAUGGACGUGUACACCUUCAUGAAGUCUAGUUUGAGUGGAGUGCCGCUCCUCAGCCUGCAGGGAGAACUGGCAUUAAACCCUGAUGCAGACCCCCUCCAGAACGAGGCCAUGGUCCAGAUGUGGAUUAAAGUCAAGAUAAAACCUCUUCUGAAGUCCAUCAGCAAACACUUCCUGAGCUGCCUCAGCACCAAGAACUUUAGCUGCUCCACCUACCAGACUAUGGUGAGGGAGCUCAGCCACUAUUAUUCUGAGAUGAAUCCAGUCCGACAGAAGUGGAUCUACCAAUUCUUUAUGUACCCCUUUCUGUCCGGAGACAGAGUGGCUGGGUGUGUGAGCCAGGACGAAAGCAGUGAGGAGUGGCUGAUGAAGAACUUUGGUGCGUUCAAAGCCAUGGCCAGAGUUAAGGACUUUUCAUCACUCAACAUGGUCUUCAGUGGGUUGGAGGUUCUUGACCUGCUGUCUCCAGCGCAGAAGGCCGAGUUGCUGCUGAUGCCGGAGGUCGCAGAUUUAGAUAACGGCACCCUGAGCCUGGUCUUCCACAGUAUGAUGACAGGCGGUCCAGAACCUCCCCCCACCCCCAGCCCUGGAUGGGGCCACAACUGGACGACCCCCGGUUACCCCUACUAUUCUCCAAACCCCACACACAACCCGUACCAACCACCGUCCCCACACAACAGCAUGAGAGAGGUUGUAAAUGGCUUCAUGACGGCUUUCAAACCCAUUGGGAGCUUCGUUCAUGAUUUUGUGUCCUUCACACAAGAGAGGGAAUCAGAGAUAAGGAGCACGACUCUCACCCAGUUCCUGCUCAACUGGACUCUGGCCGAGCUGGCGGACAUGUAUCAGCCAAAAAAUACAUCCGUGGUUCCCGAGAUGCCAGAUUUCGACGUGACAAAUGUGGAGGAUUGGUUCCAGUAUGUCGUGAUGCCGGUGUUACACAGGUUCCUGCCUGAAGACCUGACCGAGCUGCCAGAAAACAUCACACUGGCUUUCCACCAAGUGUUCCAUCUGGACAAUGGUAUGUACAACGAAACCACUGAAAUCCAGGAUGUCUGCAGCAUCAGGCUGGACGAGGGGCCUUGCGGGCUGACGGAUGCGGUGGAAAAUGUGGCCAAAGUGUUGCACUGUGCGGCUCGCAGUAACCUGACGAUGUCGGAGGAGGAGAUCAUGAGGUUGAUUGUAGAGCUGACCGAACGACUGAACACGCUGAUCAAAGAGUUAACUACGGUGAACUUCAAAGAGUUGGCGUACGACUUCCAGCAGAUCUUCAGCGAGGCGGAGUCUCCGUCUCUGACCCCGGAGAACCUGGUGGACCCGGCCUUCAUCAAGCUCUGGUUUAAUAUCAAGAUGAUGCCUCUGCUGCCCAACGUCCACUCAGGCCUGCUGUCCUGCCUCAGCACCAAGAACUUCUCCUGCCCCGUCUACCAGACCAUUGUGGAAGAAUUCAGCAAACACGAGGAUGACAUGUAUCCUAAUCCUGACAUCUAUAAGCACUUCAUCUAUCCCUUCCUGAUGCAUCACAACUCCUCUGAUCCCCAGUGUGUCUCCUCAGCCAACAGCAGUGCAGAAUGGCUGAUAAAGAACUUUGGUAUUUAUUCAAGGAUCCCCUCCGUCACUGACUUCUACAAACUCAACCCGUACUUCUCCGGACUGGAGGUCCUUCACCUCUUGUCUCCAAAACAAAUAGCGGAGAUGCUGCUGUUGCCUCUUCCCACUCCACCUGAGAAAGACGUCGUCAUCGACCGUGUGUUUGACUUCCUGUUUGCGUCCCCUGAAGACGGGACACUUCCUGAGGUCCUGAAUGAAGUGCUUUAUCUCAUCAGCAAGGUCGAUCCACCCUGUGAUGUCUACAAACAAAUUUUUGAGAGAUUAUACGGAGCCAUACCAGUCCUGCCACGAGAUGUAGAACCAUUCAUCUGGUCUUACAUAGAUCAGCUGAUAAACGUGGCACCAGAAGAGUGUAUGCCUCAAAACUUAACGUGCCCGGAUACGAAGUACAACAGUUCUCACAUCUGCAAAGGAGUUGACAGCUCUGACCUUUACUCUCACUUGAACUCAUCUUUGGAAGUUUCCUGCAAUUUCACCUUGGAGACGUAUGCAUGUGCACAGCUGGAGAACUUCAGCGCCGCUCAUCUGGUUUCUCUGCUGAAGUGUAAUCUGCCCGGCAACAGCUCGCACUCCAAAGUUUUGUGGAAGAUGCUGCUGACAAAACUCUCCCCUGUCCUGGAGCCGGCUCUGGACAUGUUGGCCGACAUGCCAAUGGCCAUGGUUGCUCCGUCGGCGUCGGAGGUCUUGGACGUGAUCGGAGAGAUCAGAGUGUCUCUGCUGACAGACGAGGAGCUGAUGGACAGCAGCGUCAUCAGGAAGUGGUUUUCCCAACGUCUGAGCGCGUUCCUGCCGUUUACAUCGGGCAGAUUCCUGCACUGUCUGACCAACAGGAACCUCAGCUGUCAGUCAUACCAGCAAAUACUGCAGGUAUUUAUCCACCAAUUUGAUAACAUGACCUCCCACCAACAACAAGUGGUCCUCAAGGAGUUCGUCCUCCGUUUCCUGUCUCAUCCACACUCAGGUCCACGCUGUGUGUCUGCUUCUAACAGCAGUGCAGAGUGGCUGUUGAAGAAUCUCGGUCCCUUUUCACAGCUUUUGUCCAUCAAACAGCUGCUUCAUCUCAACCCACACUUCAACCCGCUGGAGACCCUGCGACUCCUGACUCCGUUGCAGACUGCAGAGCUGCUGGUGGUGACUCUUCCCACCGCUCUCGAUAAAGACGCCAUCAUAAAUGUGAUUUUUGACUUCCUCACUGAGUCUCCUGAUGAGAAGAAACUCCAGGAGUUCCUGAUGAACCUCGCCAUGCUCCAUAACCAGGCGAACUUCACCUGUUCAUCGUACAAAAUAUUGUAUACCAGAAUGGACAUGGCCUUAUCCUCAGUGUCUGUAAAUACAGCGCACACCAUCACAUACAUCAAGAUGGAGCUCUCCAAAUACAUACCACCAGGUUGCAUCAUCUACAGCGGACAGUGCAAUGUCACCAUGGCAAACGAAACGGACAUCUGUGUCGGAGUGAACAGCACAAAGCUGCAGCUCAGCCUGGACAGCGGACGGAUGGUCGGAGCCUUCUGUGACUUUUCUGUGGAGGAAUACGCCUGUGCCUCGCUGACGGCGUUGAAAGCAGAAGAUCUGGCGGCCGUGUUGAUGUGUAAUCAAUCCUCAAACUCCAGCAGCUCGAGGCCCGUCUGGAAGCUUCUCCUCUCCAAAGCCUCUCACGUUCUGGACGCAGCUCUGGAUCUUCUCCCCAACACGUCGCUGGACCCCAGCAAUCCUGCCGUGUCGAUGAUUUUGGACUCGAUACGAGAAAUCCGAUUGGAUAUGUUCGGCAUGUCCAGCUUCAACAACCCCGCCCUCAUCCAGCUGUGGUUCAAACGCCGGCUUCGCCCGUUCCUGCCCGCCGUUUCCCCGGAGUUCCUCUCCUGUCUCACCACUAAGGGCUUGAACUGCAGCAGCUACCAGCACAUGGUGAAGAUUUUGAGCCAUGUGCAGCCUGACAUGACACACGCCACGCAGAUGUCGGUCUUCACACACUUCAUUCAGGCUUUCCUCACCAGGAACAACACCGCAGACUCCAGCUGCAGCGCUCACACCAACAACAGUGGAGAAUGGCUGCAGAAGAACCUGGGAGGUUUCUCCGCCCUGCUGUCCUUCCACACCCUGCAGAUGCUCUAUCCCGACUUCACAGCGAUGGAGGCGUUGCCCGAGCUGACGGUCAGACAGCUGGCCGAGGUUUCCUCCACCCUGGGUCAGCUGACCUCUCCUGCAGACGUGUUGAUGCUGAUGAAGCACGUCCCGGACAAAUCCAUCCCCACCUUCUUUGAUGACUUCUCCCCUGCUAUCAUGGGUCAUGAGAUGACGUUCCCCUCGGUGGUGAGGUCGGCCAUGCUGCAGGUUGUGUUUGACCGAGCGAACCUCUCCGAUCACGCGGUGGGAGAUUCAGAGGUGAUGCUGUGGCUGCGCAACAGACUGCGCCCCCUGCUGGUCGACCUGUCGCCGCGACACGUAGCUCCGUUCUUCGGGAUACUGGCGGGAAGAAACUGCAGCAUCGAGGAGGAAGGAGUCACGGACCUGAAUUCAACGAUCUCUUCUCUGAGUGAAGACACAAAGGAUGAAAUCUACAGCCACAUUGUUCAGUCUCUCAAAGGACCGAUUCCUCUCAAAUGCUACGGGGAAAACUACAACCACAGUUUCUACGGUUUCCUGCAGCGCUCCUUCCUGGGGUUCCAGUUCCCCAACCUCACAACCUUCCUGUCCCUCAUGCCUCAUGAGAGGAUGCAUCAGCUGGUGAACUCGAUGCCUCCGUCACAUCUUGGAGAUUUCCUCCGUCGCCCCGAUGUUGUCGAUAACGAUACAGAGCUCUGUGUGAUCUACAGCAACUACAUGCAGACACCCAUAUUCCUGGAGACCGAGUCUCUCCCGGCGGCGGUGCGGCGGCCCACGCUGCCUUGCGUCUGGCCGAUGGCGCUCCGCAGCUCGGAGAGGUCAGAGGUCGACGCCUGGUUUGACCGGCGCCUCCACAACUACCUGAGCUUCCUCACAAAGACUCUGAUCAGCCCCGAGGUCACACACAACGCCUCCUGCCUCGCCUUCCAGAAGCUUGUUUCAGUUCUUGGGGAAUACAACUACACUGCUGCAGACUUCAGGAGGGGAGAUGUGUUCGCCACCAUCGUGAGUUACCUCACCUCAGCGACGGUACCAAGGUGCUACAACUCGAACGAUCCAGAGCUAAACUCCACCGCCUGGUUUGCGGAGUACAUCGGCCUCUUCAUGCCUUUCCUCACUCUGGAGGAUCUUCUGACGUUCGGAUCUACAGAGGUCCUGCAGGUGUUCACAGUGAAUCCUCUGAACAUCGCCCUCCUCAACCACUCCUCUUUUCCUCAAAACUUCACCGACUACUACACCGAGCUCGUUUACCAACAGGACAGCAACUUCAACCCCUUACUACUUCCUCUGGUGAGCCGCUGCGUCGCUCCCGGCGCAGCGUUCCUCCAGCUGACCGCAGAAGAAAGUAUCAUCGUGCUGCACAACCUGACCACACUCUGCAUAGACCUGGACCCUCAGGUUUCUGCAGCUUUGGCGAGUAACUUCGGGGACAACAUCGACGCCACGGACAUUUCUGUCCUCGGCAACGAAAGCAACAGCCUGUCCGCCGGGCAGCUCAGCAAGAUAAAACCUGCAGACCUGCUAACAGCGCUCGCCACACUCAGCGUGGUGACGGGCUGGAAGGAAGGUCAGGCCAAGGCCAUCGUCCAGUCUCUGAUCUCCACGGGGACGAUGAAGAUCAACAGCUCGUCAUCGUUGGUCAUGCUCGGCUCUCUUGUUGUGGGAAUUCCUUCGAAGACGAUCGGCAGAAUCAGCGGCUCCCAGCUGCUCACUGCAUCCAAAAAUCCCUCGUUCCUGCAACACAUCGGGACCGCUCCAACCGUCGUCCGCCAGACUUUUGUAUCUAAGAUCAUAUCCCUGAACAGCAACAGUGAAAUGAUCAUUCAGAAUAUUCCGGAUGAACUGGCCGGAGAGAUCCCUCGCGUGCUGCUGGUCGGCUUCUCCAGCAACAGCAGCGUCAUCACCACGCUCAACAGGAAGAAAUGGAAGCGGCAGCAGGCUGAGAUGUUCUUUGGAGUCAUAGCUGUGGAAUCUGCGACCACAGACCUGGGAGGUGCAGACAAUUUGUCAUCCUCCGUGCUGCAAGGCUUCACGUGCGCCGGAGUGAGGACCUUUAAGACCGUGCAGAUCAAGAGGCUGAUCAAAGCCUGUCGGAGGAAAAGAAACAGAAAGGUCACACUGGUGGAGACUCAGUUGACCUGCAUGUACAACCACAUCAAAAACGACUCCGACGCCACCAUCUUCGACCUCUUCCCUACCGAUAUGCUGCUGUACUACGAUUACUCUCUGGUGCUUCAAGCCAAGUGCAGGUCGUAUUUCGAGCAGCUUUCAGACGCAGACUUCUCCGUCUUCUCCUCCGACCUCAGCUACAAACGGACCGCUCUGUUUGUUAAUGCGCGGAGCUGCCUGGGUAUAACCAACACGAGUCUGACUGAGGAUAACGUGUCGGUGUUGGGGAACAUGUGCUGCUUUCUGGACGAGUCUUACAUCGAGAACUCUGACCCGUCCAUCCUGGAGAAACUCAACGGCUGUUCGGACCUCACAGAUGCUCAGGCAGCCGCUGUUGAGGCUCUGCUGCAGGGCGGGAAAACACAGUACGGAGCUCCAUCAACGUGGACCGUACAGACCCUGAAGGACCUCGGGAUGUUACCGCUGUAUCUGACUUCCAGCUUCUACGAUAACUUUAACAAAAAAACAAAGCGGACGUUCUUGAAGUACUUCCUGAAAGUUAUUAGAAGCAACGGAGUGAGCAGAAAGAAGAGGAGGAGUCUGAAGAGAGAAAUAAGAAAGUCCAUCAGGAACAAGUCCAAGCGAUCCGUCGGCGCUGAGUGCACUGUAGGAGAGAUCACUCAGGUGAUCAUCAGCGAUGAAACCUUCCCCUUCGACUACGAGGACGUGACUCAGUUCAACUGCUGCCUCAGCGCCACCACCGUGAAGAACAACCUGGAAGGCAUCAUUGACAAGGUGGACGACGAGGAGUACCUCAAGAUCGUUCUCAGCAAGCUGCACGAGGCGUACUCCAGCUCUGCCAUCCCAGAAGACCAGGUGCAGCUCUUGGGCCCGGCGUCCCGCGUGGCCACAGUGGAGAACAUCGACAUGUGGACCAUCACUCAGAUCGACACGCUGUCCUCUCUGAUGGACUCGGCCAACGGGGCGUGGGACUCGAGCCUGGUGAAGGCCAUCGUCUCUAAGUAUCUGAGUACUGAGGGGAACAGUCUGGGCAGCGCUGAGCUCAACAGCCUCGGAGGAACCAACCUUUGCUUCCUGGACGUCGACGUCCUACAGAACGUUACCACACAGAGCCUCAAAGAGGCCGAAGCCCUGACGGUGACCUCCUGCACCUUGGAGAAAAAGAAAGCCCUGUUCACCAUCGCCAAAGAAGCGUUUGCAUCAAGCACCAGGGAAAGUAUCUCUCUCUCCUCCUACCAGCUCACAGCACCUUACACGGGAGGGGCGGAUUUAUCCUAUGUCAAAAGUUUGUCGACCUCCAGCAUCAACAUGGACAUGGAUAUCUUCACCGGUCUGGAUGAGAACGUUAUACUGGACCUGACUGUUAAUGAUGUCAAAGGUCUGCUCGGCUCCAACUUGGCAGAAUUGAAGUCCUAUGAAAACCAAAUGUCAGUAGACACCUGGAUCAGACAGCAGUUCCAGACCGACCUCAACACGCUGAACGUGGGGCUUGUGGGAGGAAAGGCAGGCUCUCCAACCACCGGCUCUCCAACCACCGGCUCUCCAACCACUGGCUCUCCAACCACCGGCUCUCCAACCACCGGCUCUCCAACCACCGGCUCUCCAACCACCGGCUCUCCAACCACCGCCAACGCUGUGACCUCCAGCACCAAGUCUCCAACCACCGCCAACGCUGUGACCUCCAGCACCAAGUCCCCAACCACCGCCAACGCUGUGACCUCCAGCACCAAGUCUCCAACCACCGCCAACGCUGUGACCUCCAGCACCAAGUCUCCAACCACCGCCAACGCUGUGACCUCCAGCACCAAGUCUCCAACCACCGCCAACGCUGUGACCUCCAGCACCAAGUCCCCAACCACCGCCAACGCUGUGACCUCCAGCACCAAGUCCCCAACCACCGCCAACGCUGUGACCUCCAGCACCAAGUCUCCAACCACCGCCAACGCUGUGACCUCCAGCACCAAGUCUCCUUCCAUCACCGCCAACGCUGUGACCUCCAGCACCAAGUCUCCUUCCAUCACCACCAAGUCUCCUUCCAUCACCACCAAGUCUCCUUCCAUCACCACCAAGUCUCCUUCCAUCACCACCAAGUCUCCUUCCAUCACCACCAAGUCUCCAACAAAUCCAGCCUCCAUCGCCACCACUAAGUCUCCAACCAAUCCCAACUCAUUGACCUCCACCACAAAGUCCCCUAACACCCCCUCUAAGUCUCCUAUUACCACCAAGUCUCCUACCACCACCACCACCACCACCACCACCACCACCACCACCACAAAUGGCACCUCCACAGGUAACAAUGGUGGCCGCAUCCGAGCAGAAGCUGGUGUCUCCUUCUCCAUUCUCCUCGCGCUCUUCAUCGCUUCUCUUGUAUGAAGAAAAUCCACGGCUGACGUUCGUCAUUGAUCAAAAUGAAUGUAUAGUAAUAGAAGAAAAGAUGUAGCUACAUGCUACGUUGUACUGAUUUGAAUGUGCAAUAACUAAACAGCAAAUGUAAAUAAUGUAUCCUUAAUUAGUUUAUUCUUCAGCAGCGAGUACAUAUGCUCUGAAUGUUAAAUGCACUUUUUAGGCUCAAAUAUUUACUACUUUUGUGUUUUUUUCCUGGUGUUUUGAUUGUUAAAAUGAAAGGUUAAAAAUGAGGUGAUUUGUGUCAUUGUAAAUCAUUUAGAAAUAGCACUUACCUCGAAGCUUACCUUGAUUAUGAUUAAUAAUAAAAUUGUGUAUUGGUGCACAAUCAAUAAGAUGUA